AUGCUACAAGCCACUACCAUUUUCGCUAUUUUAGCCUUAUUUACAGGUUCUGUCUCGGCCAUCUACUCAAACAGCACGGUUUCAGCCACCACUACCUUGGCUCCAAGCUACUCAUUGGAGGCCCACGAAACGACUGUGUCAUACUCUGACGAGACUACCACCUUCUUCGCCACCUCCACUGUCUACUCCACGCACUGGUUCACCUUAAACACGGCCACCGUCACCAACGAGGCCUCUUCAACCUCCGCCUCUGGACCGGCAGCAACUGCAUCGACUCAGGAAACCAUCCCCACCGUUACCAAAGCGGCCUCAUCCUUCUCCGCUUCUGGAUCAGCAGCAACUGCAUCGACCCAUGAAUCCAUCUCUACCUCAACCAUUACUUCCACUUUGUUGAUAACUCUGCAUGACACCACCGUCUUGGCUCCAUCGUCAUCUGCAGCAGCCAGUAUCGGCGACGACGGCUCGAACAACAAGGGCGCCAACAUCAGAUCAUUGGACCAAACCUCGACUUCUUCCAAUGGUUGCGUCCCGAUCACCAAGUUCGUCACCGUCACCAAGGAGCCCAUCACCCAGUACGUUACAGUCACUCCCAAUAUGACUACUCAAUACGUAACUGUCACCGGUGCUUUCUCGGCUGCCAGCGUGUCUACCGGCAACGUGCAAUGGUUCAACACCACCACCAUUACUAAUUAG